GGGGGUCCUGCUUGGUGUGCGUGCCGUUGCAUUUCUCUGCCCGCCAACGAAACGCACCGAAAGCAAAACAAAAAGAUUUUCCAAAACCCCAAAAUAUAUUAAAACCCAUUUCACAACUCACAACACACAAAUAUUUUAUUGAUUAAACAAAAGGACAAGCGUGAAACCCACUCUGAUAAAAAUCAAUCUUCUUCUCUUUUUCUUUCCUUCUCUCAGCCUUUUACUCUUUCUCCCAUCUCUAUCCCAUCCAUAGCUAUUAGUCAGCCACUCUACGCUGUCUUUUAGCACUUACCCUAAGCAAAAGCCAGAUAGCUGAGAGAGUUGGGUCUCUCAAACAGCUUUUCAUCGUGGAUGUUUUCCUUUGUAUAAUGAGGUAGGUGGACGUAAAACCUUCUUCUUCGUGGAAGAAGAUGGCAAUCCAACAAUAUGAACAACAAUAUUCACAACAGGAACAAGAGCAGAACCACCCUUCUUUCUUGCUAGAUGCUCUUUACUGUGAAGAAGAGAGAUGGGAAGAGGAAGAGGAUGAAAAUGACGUAGGUGAAGUUUUCCAGGAAGAAAGGUCCAGGAGAUGUGAUAAUGACAGAAACCCUUCUCUUUUUCCACUUUUGUUGUUGGAGCAAGAUUUGUUUUGGGAAGAUGAGGAACUUCUUUCAAUCUUCUCUAAAGAAAAACAGCAACAGUCGGCUUAUCUCAAUCCCAACAUUGAGGAAACUGAUGAGUCUCUACAAGUGGCUCGCCUCGAGGCUGUGGAGUGGAUGCUUAAAGUCAAUGCUCGCUACGGAUUCUCCACUCUCACAGUUGUGCUUUCCAUUAAUUAUCUGGAUAGGUUCCUAAGUAGCUUCCACUUUCAAAGAGAUAAGCCCUGGAUGAUCCACCUUGUAGCCGUGACUUGUCUCUCUUUGGCUGCAAAAGUUGAAGAGACACAAGUGCCUCUUCUUCUAGACCUACAAGUUGAGGAAACAAAAUAUGUUUUUGAGGCCAAAACUAUUCAAAGAAUGGAGCUUUUGGUUCUCUCCACUCUGAAAUGGAAGAUGCAUCCAGUUACCCCACUAUCAUUUUUUGAUCACAUCAUAAGAAGGCUUGGAUUGAAGACUCAUCUCCAUUGGGAGUUUCUUAGGAGAUGUCAGCGUGUCCUCCUCUGUGUAAUCUCUGAUUCAAGAUUUGUCCAUUAUCUCCCCUCAGUAUUGGCCACUGCAACAAUGAUGCACGUUAUAGACCAAGUUGAGCCUUUCAAUCCGAUUGACUACCAAAACCAACUUCUAAGUGUUCUUAAAAUAAGCAAGGUUAGUGAAAAAGUAAUUGACUGUUACAAGCUCAUACUUGAUCUAUCAACAAGACCCCAAAACAAUGCAUGUAGUAAUCGUCUACAUCCCCAUAAGAGGAAGCUUGAGACGGUUCCUAGCAGCCCUAAUGGCGUGAUUAAUGCUGCGUUUAGCAGUGAUAGCUCAAACGAUUCUUGGACUGUGGGGUCGUCAUCGGUCUCUGUAUCGUCAUCACCUGAGCCACCCUUUAAGAAGAGCAGAGCCCAUGAACAAGGAAUGCAUUUGCCAUCACUCAACCAAGUCUUUGUAGAAAUAGUUGGCAGCCCUUCUUAAUCUCUCUGUCCCAAAAAGAUUUAUAUUUAUUAUGCUUUUAUC